GGACACACACCAGGGUCUGAUGCUGUAUUUUGAGUUGUUAUUUUCCCUUUAUCAGUCUCUGUUUGAGAGGCCAAGGACUGAAUGGCAGGCAGAGGAUGUUCUGGUUAGGAUUAAGAUGCUGGCUGCAGGCUGGUCCCAAGUGGUGGUGUGUUGAACGGGGGAUUCCCAGCGGAGCGGCCUGCUUCCCCCUGUGUGAUUCUGAGAGAGGAGGAGGAGGAGCAGGAGGAGGAGCAGAAGGAGGGGCAGAAGGAGGGGGUCGGGACUGGAUAUCAGCGCAGAGAGCUCACACGAGUCCGGGACAUCAGGUGCAAUGGGAGGACGGGCUCAGGGGAAGAUCCCUGUAUCAGCUUUCUGGACUCCCAAGCCAUGAAGAAGGACAGAAAGCCACAAACCAUGGCAUGCACCCCCCUCCCCAGGGCAUGCACCCCCCUCCCCAGCCUGGAGCGGAGCCCCGAGGGGGGCUGCAACUCCCUCGACCCACCAAAGAGUCCUGAGCUGGCCUGUCAGGGGAGCUGGACCGGUCAGCAGUCUCUGCUCCCUCCAGGGGGGCGCAGCGGAGACCCCUGCCCUUUACCCUUGCCCUCUAGCCCCCCGGGGAUGCCUGACAGUCCCGACCCCUGCCUGUUGUAUGGGAUUAAAAAAAACCCAGCUAGGGGGCACCUCUCUCCUUUAGAUCAGCUGGAAGCAUUUGUGGGAACCCAGGAGACAGAGGAGGUGCUGGAAGAGAAGCAGGACAGUGAGCUAAAGAGCUUCUCCACCUCGGCUCUGCUCUCCUCAGGCAGGAGCAGCAUGGACAGCAUCCUGACACUGCUGCAGAGGAAGUGCGGGAACGGGAGAAUCAACCUGUGCCCUGUGGUGCAGCUCAUAGACAUCACCAAGGACCUAGGCAGGCUCUCCAGGGGCCUGCAGACCAGCAGCGUGAGACUGGACUGUGGGGGCUGGAGCGAGGGGGGCAGUGGUGAGGAGGAGCUGCUGGGAGGGAGCGGAGGGGAGAACACAGAACUGCUCUACAGCUUCCACUCCACACCCUCAUUGGCCAACGGCAUCCGCGGCCCUGGACAGAGGCUGCACAAGAGACCUAGGAUCGGGCCCAAAGGACGGAGGCAGCACCUGCUUCAGCGGCAGCUUGAGCUCCAGAAGCUGGCUGAGAUAGAACGACCCCCGCAGAGCGAGGCACCCAAGACAUCCCCAGAACCAGAACCAGAACCUGAGCCAGAAGCAGAGCCAGCAGGGGUGGCACAGGAUCCUUCCCUGGUCCGUUUGGAAGUGCCCAGUGAGAUCCAAGCCCCUCCUGAGCCUCUCCCCAACAAGUUGCCCCUUUUCCCAGCCACCAGCCAGCAGGUCACCCCAGAAUGCCAUCCCAAUACUGCGGUUACCACCACACCUAGUACUGCUGCCCCUGUAGAAACAGUCAGCACCCCCCCAGAGAGCCAGCAGAGCUCCACAGAGAGGGGGCAGAAUCCCUCCGCCACGACCCCCGACCGAGAGAGGAAGUACGCGCUGAGGAGCUCAGACAGGCCAAAGAUCCCGUGCCAUCUGAGGAAAUCCUCACGGUUGAGACGGGCAUUGGAAGAGGUUCACAAGGACAUUAAGGAGACAACCCCCAAAGAGGAGCCUGAAGAAACCCCGGACAAUACUCCCAAACCCAAGGAGGUUGAAGCAGCAGGAGAAAAGGAGGAGGUGUGCGAGGAGGUAGAGAAGAAGCCCCGGGGAUUGGAAAGCUUUGAGGCUGUCCCCAGGUUUCCUACGCUGAGUGAAGGGGCUGUGAGAGAAGGGUCCUCGACUGCCCGAGGCAGGCGGAAAGGAAAGUGCGUGGGCAUCCGGAAGAUUGUGGUGAAGGUCGCCCGCAUCCCAGUGAACAUGAGCCGGCGCCACAAGAGCUACAAAAUCUCGUCCAUGGAGACACCCGGGCAGCAGGAGAGGGCUGGGGAAACAGAGGGCGGGGAGGGACCCCAGCGGGAGCCCACAGCGUUACUGAAAAUGAAAAACAACGGCAAGAAUGUGAUGGUGAUGUUCCCCCCGGGGAAGCUGCCAGUCAUCCUGAAGAGGCGGCGAGGGCGCCCGCCCAAACAGGUCCCACCCGGGCAGUCAGACCCCAAAGAGGUCAAGAUCGAGGAGGGGAAGAAGCCACGGCGUCGCCGCAGGGUCAAGCUGCCCUCUCCUCAGCCCUCCUACGCAAAUGACACCAAUGAUGCCAAGACCGACUACGGAGACGUCCUCUCCAAACUGGCCUUUCUUAACCGGGAGCCGCCCACCACUGGCCGCUGCUCCCCUCCCCGCUGCUCCAGCCCCAGUGAGCCAGAGUCCCUUCAGCAGCCCCUCGACACCCCAAACAUCUCCACCCUGCUGCACAGGCUGCAAGGCUUCCGACGGCGAGGAGGCAGGGCGGGCUGCAUGGGAGGAAGAGGGGGGCUGGCUGGCUCUGCCGAGUCCUUCAAGAGAUCUUUCAGUGACUUCUUCGAGACUAUUGGGAAAAAACGGAAAACGCCGACCUCCGACCCCGAUCACCCCCGCAAGAGAGGCAAGGCCGCGAUGGGGGACCCUAGCCGCAUUCCUUCAGCAGAGAAAGUGUUUCGCAAGAGGCGCCCUCGAAAGAACGGCGUCCUGAAGGAGCCUGGAGCGCACCAGGAUUCGGAGUGGGCCAGCGGGAAUGGCUGGGCUUCCAGAGCAGAUGGGCGGCCAAGCCAAGCGGACUUCGGAUACCAAAAAGCAGCUUUGCCUCGGGGCUUUGCGCCAUGCAAUCCUGGGAAGGUAGGCUAUUACCCAUCUCAAGCUCAAGGCAACCCCGAAUCUCAAGGGCUGUGCGCUGGGUAUUUCCGCUCCCUCCUGGAUUCCGAUGACUCCUCCGACUUGUUGGAUUGCUCUUUGUCUUCGUCGUCAGCAGCACCGGGACGCACUGAAUCUCGCAAGGUUUCCGGAUGUUAUGAAGCUGGGAACCCCACACAGAGCCAGCGGUGGUCUCCUGGCUACCCCAAGAGGGCCCCCAAGGCCGGCCCAUCAAACUGUGAGGGCCCCUCCCAGACCUCCCACCCGCCAAGGCCUCCCUAUGCACAUGGUGGCAACUACAAUCUCUCUCAGACCUCGCCUACGUCCUUCCAGAAGCUGGUUCCACCUCUCUCCCUCUCCAGGUCCCCCAGCUCCCCACACCCCUCUGGAAGUUUCUCCCAGUACAGUGGCUAUGUCUCUGGGUCCCAGUCUAAUCUCCAGCCAUUGAAGCAGUAUGAGGGCCAGAGGACAGCUGACUGCAGCUUCCCAUAUGCUGGCAGUGGCAACAGCAAGGCACUCCAGGCAUCCCCAAGCAGCUCUUCUCAUAUCGGCUACUCCGGCCACCAAGGUACCAAUCCUUUGGGCAAGUCCUUGUAUGGUGGCUUCCCAAGCCCUGGGGCAGCAUCUCCUGGUAGCUUCAUGCUGACCAAGAGCACGGCCAGCUCCUUCCCCUUGUCUCCCGAAAGCUGCAGGCAGUCCUCCCAGUGGGGGCACCGGUCCAGCUACCCAGGGAGUGGGAACCCGGACGCUUUCGGGCUGCAGUUCCUCAGCUCUUUGGACUACAGCGCCUGCACCGAGCCUAAGGACAUCCUGGAUAUCUCCAACUACACGCCUCAGAAGGCCAAGCAGCGCUCCUUCUCAGAGACCUUCUCAGAGUCCUCUUCGGACAGCUCUCACUUUGGGCAGCCAGGGGCGGCGGGGUCUUGCAAGCUGCAGGACCACCCUGCCUCUGGCGAGGGACAGUCCAGCCUGUCCAGCCUGGAGAAGCUGAUGAUGGACUGGAAUGAGAGCUCCUCAGGCCCCUCCUACAGCUGGAACCAGAGCGUCCUCUUCCAGGGGGGUUCCAAACCUGGGCGGGGGAGGCGGAAAAGGACUGACGCCCAGGGAGAGAGCUGCCUUCUGGGCUUCCCACCAGUCUCCACUCCCUCCAACUCAUCUUCUCCCAUUCCUGGCACCAAAAGGAGCACCAUGGGAGCCAGGCAGCCCAGGGGGUCUCGUGGAGCCUUUCCUUCCUGCAGACGGGACCGUGCCGCUCUGCUGAAGCCCAAGGCUCAGAAACCAGCCGCCCAGGCUGCAGCGAUGCCCCUCUACCAGGACAGCCCAAACCUUGUGGUGGACUAUUACAGUGGAGACAGCAGCAGUAUGUCCCCUCUGUCCUCACAGUCCCAAAGCAUGGGGUUGGGGGAGAGGGAGCAGUGUGGAUACUCCAGCCCCUACUCCAUCAACCCCCCCACCCCCUCCUCCUCAGAGGACAAGUUCCUGCAGAUGUUCCACAGUGAGGCCGCCUGUCUCUCCCCGGUCGUGGGCCUACAGCCCGACCCCAAGCCCUUCCAUGCGGCCCCUACCAAACCUCUGUACCCGUACACCGGGCCUCCAAAGGCCUUUUCCCCCAGCUGCUCCCCAACCCUCACCUUCAACAAGGACAACCCCCUGCCCUGUGACUUCCGAAGACUUCUGCCUUGCGCUGCUCAGAGUCCCCACCGAGCCAGCAAGGACCUCCCUGGAUCCCAGUAUGACUCCCCCACCUACAGCAGCUCCUCUUACUGGUACCAGCAGCCAGGUGGUUCCUUGUCUGGCAGCCCGCACCACUACGACAAGCGGGAGGAGUUUGUGGAGCGGACCGGAGCGGCGGGCAGCCCGCACAUCCUCAAUCCCAUCUCCCUGGGCAGGACAGAGAAAGAGAGGGAGGUUGAGAACGAGGCCCUGGAGAUGGGGAGGCCACACAGGCCAGCUGCUGCUGCUACCACUCACUCCUCCCCUUACCCGCCCGCUCUGGAACUGAACUCUCAUCCGUCUGCUAGCGAGCCUGGCUUCCACCUGCCGCCGGAGAGUUUCCAGCACCGCUACCCCCCCCUCCAGAGCCAGGGACAGACCGGCCUGUGGCCCCCCCCUCAAAGAGGGGUCCUCAGCCACCUGCUGGACCAGCACACGGAGGACUUGUUCACCGUCACCAGCCUAUAGGGACUGGGGAGGGAGGGUGGCAUCGCUGCAGGGAAGCCGAGGCUUUGUUUAUAGGUAUGAGAAUGACCUGACCUUGUGCGCGAGAGCUGCACGGCUUUCACUGUCCCGGUCUCGGAAAGAUGACCAAUAGAAAGAGUCUAUUCAGUGGAUCUAUGAAGUGACGGAUCUAAAUCACCACCUUUGUUUAAAUCAUUACAAGGGGGCUUUGUGAGAAUCUCCAGCAGUGUGUGUCUGGUGUUUUUUUUAAUUGUAUUUAUUAAAACGUGAGGUGCGUUUUUAAAUGUAAAAUGUAAACGGUGGCGUUUCUUUUAGACCCCUCACUGGUAAGAUCAGUGGUAUAGACCCCAAACUGUUUAACUGUACAGGAAGAAAGAUAACCUGUAAGAUCAUGUGCUGACAAGUUAAGAAGCACAAUGAAGUUUGCUGUUGAGUUAUUCAGGGUGUUUUUGGUGCUGUGUUGUUUAUUGCCUGUAGGGUAAAUCAAACGUGUGUCCCUGUAGUCCACAGUCCUGGACCCGGGACGUUGCUGAGUGCAGUGCAGGUAUUGGUGAAUCUAAACCCGGGUUCCUGUGAACUCUAUAGUAAAGUCAUCACAGCAAACAAAACCACUCCACGACUCUUCCCGAUGUUACACCUACGUUAGCGACUGCACGCACAGCUGUAAAAGACCCACAAGUUGUAUCCAACGUGUGUUUUCACUUUAAAACAUGAUCUCAGGUUACUUUAGGCUGAAGGAAACUGUUUCUAGCUCUUUAUCCUGGUUAUCUGUUUGCCCUCCCCGGGUCAUUUACGCUCAGCAGUAUCUUCUUAGUCAUGUGACUGGCUGAAAGCAUGUCAGUCAAUAGGGGAAGCAGCGGAUUGGUUAUACAGCUGUGGCCAAACGUUUUGC